AUGGGUAUGAAACAUGUACUAGUUUUGCCAUUUCCAGCUCAAGGGCAUGUCAAUCCUCUCAUGCACUUCUCUCAAAAACUAACCCAACAAGGCUUCAAAGUCACCUUUAUCAACACAGAUUUCAACCACAAGAGAAAGGUGAGUGCGACAAAUGAGCAUGUUAAUCAUGAUGGAUUUGGAUUUAGACUAAUCUCUGUUCCAGAUGGUUUAGGCCCUCAUGAUGACAGAAAUGACUUGGCUAGUUUAUGCAUGGCAAUCUUAAGCACCAUGCCUUGUUUGCUUGAGAAGGUUAUAAGGGAUAUUAAUGCUUUUGAUAAUGGUAGUGAGAAAAUCACUGGCAUAGUUGCUGAUGCGAAUAUGGCAUGGUCCUUGGAAAUUGCUAAUAAGCUAGGAAUCAAAAGUGCUCUCUUCUGCCCUUGUUCAGCAGCUAUAUUUGUCUUGCAAGACAACAUUCCAAGACUCAUUGAAGAUGGAAUUAUAGACAGUGAUGGUAAGACAUUUGGAUUCCCAAUUGUAAAAGGAAAAUUUCAGCUAUCCCCAAGAAUGCCAGUUAUGGAUACAGCUGACAUACCAUGGUGCUGCAUAGGAGACUCAACCGAGCAGAAGAUUAUAUAUAAUUACAUUGCAAAUAUGAUGCAAUAUUCACAAUUAACAGAUUGGUGGCUUUGCAACUCCAAUAGUGAACUUGAACUUGGAGCAUUAUCUUUAUCACCAAAGAUCCUACCAAUCGGUCCACUGAAGGAGAUUGAUGAUGAGUUUAGAUCACUAGGACAAUUCUGGGAAGAAGACCUAUCAUGCUUGACUUGGCUUGAUCAACAAUCACCUUGUUCUGUGAUAUACAUUGCCUUUGGUAGCUUCACCGUUUUUGACCCUGAUCAAUUCAAAGAACUAGCUCUUGGACUUGAACUCACAAACAAGUCUUUUCUUUGGGUUGUGCGUGAGGAUGCAAGUGGAGGCACCAAAAACGCAUACCCAGAUGAAUUUCAAGGCACUUGUGGUAAAAUUGUGAAAUGGGCACCUCAACAGAAGGUGUUAAGCCAUCCUGCCACAGCUUGUUUCAUUAGUCAUUGUGGUUGGAAUUCUACCAUGGAAGGUGUGUCCAAUGGGGUACCUUUCUUGUGUUGGCCUUAUUUUGCUGACCAACUAUUUGACAAGGCUUAUAUUUGUGAUAUGUGGAAUGUUGGGUUGGGAUUUGAUUUGGAUGAGAAAGGGUUGAUAUCACGUUGGGAGAUAAAGAAGAAAGUGGAUCAACUUCUUGGAGAUGAGAACUUAAGGGGAAGGUGUCAAAAGCUUAAGGAGAUGAUCAUAAAUAACAAUGCAGUUGGAGGGCAAUCCUAUGAGAAUUUCAGAAAGUUUGAGGAGUGGCUCAAAGGAUGA